CAGCUUUCCAACAAAGGAUACAACACGCAAGCUUUGUCACACAGCUAACACUCGACCUUUCCAGACUCCAGCUUUCAUUCAAACCUGUCCUUUUAGCAUCAAAACAACCCUCAGUGAGAAACGCGCCUCCUCGGGCACGUCGGCCAUCCUACACUUCUCAAGCUUCUCGAAUUCAAGACCAACCUUGGCUGUCAUCAGCUGUCAACGCGAGAUUAGCACACCAGCUGGUUCACAAUGCCCAAAGCCGGCACCUCCACCGCAGCCGGUCGCACUGCGCUCAGGAGGAACCAGGCCUGCAGGUCGUGUCGCAAACGCAAACUCAAAUGUGAUGCUUCGCGCCCUCAUUGUGGCACCUGCGUAAAGCAAUGGCACGCCCUCAUUAGCGUUCCAGCACCCCCGGGAUACGCACACCCUGCCGAACCGCAAUGUGUUUACGAUCCUGUAGACGGUUUGGCGCUUGCCCCGGAAACCGACCCUAUUGAGAAGAUCCGCAUACUUGAAGAUGAAGUGGCUAAACUCAAAAUACAACUCGCUGAAAAAUCCUCACAAUCAAUUUCUCCGAUGCCUUCAACUCAGCCAUUACUGCGCAAGAGUGGGUUCAACCUCCUACGACCAGAAUCUGCUGCCUCUUCGUCCGGAAGCCAAGGAUCUGGGUCGGGCAACUCUGUGAACAAGGGUUUGUCGUACGAAGUACCCGGAACGGGUCUCCGGACAGACAGUCAUAGUCCAGAGGUGUACGGUGGAAACCGAAGUUCGACGAACACCAUACUCAACAUGAUUUACUCUGGUUGGAAUCCAGACCUCCCAGAGCCUCAAAUACUUGCGCAUUACGUUGAUAUUUUCUUCAAAUGCGACCCGUGUGGUCCCCGAAUUCUGCAUCGCUCUUCAUUCCUAUCUGCUCUCCGACUGCAUCCUCGAGACCCAAAUUUCCCACAUUCUGCUAUCUUACAUGCGAUAUGCGCUUCAGCUUCUCGGUGGUCUCCCCGAAAGGUUGCCACCAUGCCCGAUGGAAGCAGAAGGGACGAGUUUGCGGAGUAUCAUGCUAGCAAAACUCGGCAGUAUAUUGACAAGACGAUGGCCACCGGCGAAGAUAUAUUUCCUGUCGUCCAAGCAUGCAUCCUCUUGGCUUGGUAUUUUUAUCAAGAAGGUCGCUGGGUGGAAGUGUGGAUAUUUGCGGGUUUCCAGACUCGUGUUUCUGUCCCACUUCGCCUCAAUUACCCAGGGACCUUCUCCACCCAUGGCAAUGCUCCUGGCGCAUAUUUACCCCCUCCCACAGGGUUUCGUGAUUUGGAGUGUCGGAGACGUACCUGGUGGAUGUCAAUAAUGUUCGAUCGCAUCGUGUCUGUAGGUGGCUGGAUUCACUCCAUUGAUGAGAGAGACAUUGGCACCGAGCUUCCGCUUCCUGGGGACGUUUUUGAGAUGGAGCAAAUGAUUCCCAGUAACCCUCAAGAUAUGUGUACGGAGGACCUGUUUACCACACAUAUCCCUCGGUACACGGACUCCUUUGUACUCCUUCUGAAAGCCAUUAUGCUGUUUGGACGUGUCACGGACUACAAUGUCCGCAAUAAUCUGCGUGCACCAACCGCACCCAGCAAAAAUCAAAAUCCGUUCGAGCUGGAUGGAUUCCGAGUCCUCGACAACUUAGUGCACAAAGACUUCCUCGAUAAUCUUCUUCAACCGUACAAGCAAAACCUCGGUGUGGCUGGUUCAAAUGGUGGUGGGCAGGUGGAUACAGACUUGUACAUGGUCCACAUUAUUCCUCAUGCUGCGACCAUCACGUUGCAUAGUCCGUAUCUAGACUUGACCAAUUUGCAUUCAACAUCUACGACUAGAUGUCUCGACGCUGCACGCGCCAUUCUGGAUGCUUACUUUAUGUUGUCGGCGACUUCACUCGACAUCACCCGCUUGCACCCAUUUGUCACGAUUUGCUGGUAUCUAGCCGCUGUUGUACAGGUGCAGGUCUGCAAGCACUUCAUUGAAAGCGGCGAACAUGACCGGGAGCAACAGAUAUGGGGAGAAAUCAACGUUUUGAGGCAAGCUAUGCUGACUUAUGGGAGCCGUUCCCCAGUCGGAAUACGGCAAGAGAAACUGUUGCAAGGUCUGAUGCGUGAAAUUGUUCGCUUAACAAGUCAACGAAGACCUCUUGAAGUUGGAUUACCGCUUUAUCCGUUCUCACAUUCGACCUUAUUUGCUCAGCCGCCUCCAUGUCCGAACAAUGCACAGAUUGCUCCUCUUCCCAACCCCGCCAGUACCAAUGAUGCCUCUGGACAAGGUUCGGGCCGAUUCGGAAACUAUGGUCCAGAGGAACAUGACUCAACCGCAUCCUGGACCUAUUAGCUUGACUUCACGCGUUUACUUUUCUAGUUGGACCCGUUACCUGCAUGUAGCUUACAUACACUUUAGUACCGCAUUGU